AUGUCGAUUGAUUUUCACAAUUAUGUAUUAUUAUCACAAGCUCUUUCAUAUAACACUCGAAAAUACAGAUGUGAAAAUAGUUUAUCAAAGCGGACCUCAUUCUUAAAUGGUUUUGCACUAUUGUUAAAUGGAUCAAAUGUAUGUACUGUUGUAUACCCAUGGUUGAAGGAAAAAGUUAUAUUGAUUGCUCGUAAUGAAAAGCUAGAAAAUGUUGACCGGUAUUAUUUUGAUCAAUUUUUUUCGUUAAUUCGAGUAUAUUCGUCAAUGUUUUGGAAUGUUGAUCGAACAGAUAAUCAAAAUGACACUUUUGAUGAUAUUAAGGACAUACUGAUCAAUCUCGUUAAUAAUUUCAAUCAAGAAAAAAUAAUGAAACGAUUGUUCGACUACCUUUUUGAUGAUGCAGUGAAACAAUUGUUGCAAGUAACAAAAAUCGAUGAUAAUGAAAAACAACAAAUCAUUAAUAGUGUAAAUACAAAUGUUGGCAUUUAUAUCAAGAACAAAUCUACAACUGAAUAUGCAUGUUUGAUGAAAGAAAAUAUGACAGUUGAAAAUUAUAUUUCAUUUCUUCUUGCACGUGUCGAACGAUUAAUAGAAUUACGAGAUAUAAUUAAAAAGAGUCGUAAAAACCCUCUUCACAGUGACAUUAGAAAACUUCAAAAUAAUGCAUUAUUAUUGUAUGAGUCAACGAUUUUCAAAAUUCUGAUUGUUAAAGAUCCACGAGUGUAUUAUUAUAUUGAUAAAAUAUCAGCUCAUAUGAGAGCCCUCAACGGCUUAUUAAAAUGUUUUGAACAAGAUCAAGCAAGAUAUGCAUAUAUUUACAGAGAAAUUAAAUGGAGAAUUAUUAAUCCACAUGAAAGAUGCGUCCUACUUAAUAACGGACCAACAAACGUUUUUCGAAUGUUAUGGAGUAAUUUGUUUCCUGAUAUUGAUCCAGAGGAAACUGUCAAUAAUGUUUUGGCGCCAAAUCUAAAUAAACAAUAUGAUAUAUCAAAAACACUCGACGUUUGCGUACAUUGCGAACUGCUAUUAAUAGAUUAUUUACUUAAAAAUCAAAUAAACGAAAUUGAAGGUCAGUUAGACGUUGAGAUUGGUAUAUCUAAAAUGUCAUGUUAUUUAUGUUCUCUAUAUAUUGCCGAAUUGAAUAAAGAACAUAAACGAAUAUUUUGUUUAUCGGAUUCGACACAUGGAAAAGUUUAUCAAAAAUGGGAUUUCAUUCCAGAUGAGCAACAGCAUUUAAAACAAAAUGUCGAACGUGUCGUUAUUGAACAAAUUGAAAAAUACUUAAAUGAUAUUCAACUGGACCAGAAGCAAUCGGGCGUUAAACAUAUUGGCGACAGUGACACUUUAGAUAUAGUAGGGGAAAUAAAUGAUGUUGAUACGAAAUAUGUCCUUUCCUUGAUGAAAAAAGAUCAAUUAUGA